AUGAAGGAGCCACUGACCCUUGAGGAUGUUGCAGUGAACUUCUCUGAGGAAGAGUGGACCUUUUUGGAUCCUUCUCAAAAGAAACUCUACAGAGAAGUGAUGCUGGAAACUUUCAGGAACCUGUCCUAUAUAGCAACUAAAGAGGAAAAACAAAACAUUGAAGUGGACUGCAGAAAUCUCAGAAGAAAUAUGAGGUGCUAUGCAUGUAAUUGUGAGAAAACUUUCACUGAUCCCAAGUCUCUUUUUAUCUGGGCAAAUAUACACAAUGGAAUGAAGGCCCAUGGAUGUACACCAUGUGGGAAAGCCUUCAGUCAAUCUCAUACCCUUUGUAUUCAUGAAAGAACUCUUCCUGGAGACACAUCCUAUGGAUGUAACCAAUGUGGGAAAGCCUUCACUGAAGCAGGUACCCUUCAAACACAUGAGAGAACUCACACUGGAGAGAAAUCUUAUGGAUGUAAGCAAUGUGAGAAAGUAUACACUUGUUCUCGUAACCUUCAAAUCCAUGAAAGAACUCACACUGGAGAAAAACUAUACGCAUGUAAGCAAUGUGGGAAAGCCUUCACUCUUACUACUUACCUUAAAAAACAUGAAAGAACUCACACUGGAGAGAAACCUUAUGGAUGUAAGCAAUGUGGGAAAGCCUAUACUUGUUCUCGUAACCUUCAAAGCCAUGAAAGAACUCACACUGGAGAGAAACCCUAUGUGUGCAAACAGUGUGGGAAAGCCUUCAUUGAAGCAACUCAACUUAAACUUCAUGAAAGAAUACACACUGGAGUGAAACCCUAUGGUUGUGAGAAAUGUGGAAAAGCCUUCAUUCAUGUUUCUAAGCUUAAAGUACAUGAAAGAAUACACACUGGAGAGAAACCCUAUAGGUGCAAUCAGUGUGGGAAAGCCUUCACUCAAGCUGGUAUCCUUCAAACACACAAGAGAACUCACACAGGAGAGAAACCUUAUGGAUGUAAACAAUGUGGGAAAGCCUACAGUUGUUCUCGGAGCCUUCAAUGCCAUGAAAGAACUCACACUGGAGAGAAGCCCUAUGCAUGUAAGCAAUGUGGGAAAGCCUUCAUUCAAGCAACUCAACUUAAAGUACAUGAAAGAAUACAUACUGGAGAGAAACCCUAUGGUUGUGAGAAAUGUGGAAAAGCCUUCACUGAUAUCUCUAGGCUUAAAGUACACAAAAGAAUACACAAUGGGGAGAAACCCUAUGGAUGUAAGCAAUGUGGGAAAGCCUUCACUCAAGCUGGUAACCUUCAAACACACGAGAGAACUCACACUGGAGAAAAGCCUUACAUUUGUAAGCAAUGUGGGAAAGCCUACAGUUCUUCCCGUAACCUUCAAAGACAUGAAAGAACCCACAAUGGAGAGUAG